GACGCCUCCUCCUCGUCAGAGAAAGCUCAGCGGACUCUAACGGAGGAGACCCCGAAGGUGGAGGUGGAGGCCCCCCCGGAGGUGGAGGCCCCCCCGGAGGCGGCCCCAGAGGUGGAGGCAGAGGUGGAGGCGGAGGACCCCCCCGCCCAGCCGCCAUCAGAGGUCAGCGAGGCCGCGGCGGCGCCGGAGCAGGACUCAGAGGCCGCCCCCCCACAAGCAGAGGUCUUUGAUGGUCAGAGUGGAUCUGACCCCGUACAGCAGCAGCCAGCCGGGGACGCCCCCCAGACCCCUCCUGCCGCCCCCGAGGCCGAGCAGAGCCCGCCCGCUCCAGCUGAGGACGCCACCGAGGACGCCAUGGCCACCAAUGGGGACGCCAUGGCCGCCACCGGGGACGCCACCAAUGGGGACGCCGCUCCCACAGCCGAGGCCCCGCCCCCCUCCGAGCCGCCGUCCUCAGGUGCGAUUCUCAUCACCGGCUUUCAGACGGUGGCUUUUAGUAAGAGCCCCGCCAUGCUGCUCUGA